AUGGUUUUAGAGGCAAAACAUGCACUUCAUUUGGGAAAGCCAUAUUCUAAGGCAGGCCCUGUUCACGCUGUAAUUGAACCUUCCGUUUUGUUUUCCAUCCUUGAUGAUUCUACUAGAAGAAGUGAAAACAAUCAAAGAGUGAUCGGAACUUUGUUAGGAAUUCGCUCUGAAGAUGGUCGCGAAAUUGAAGUGAAGAGUUGUUUUGCUGUCCCUCACAAUGAGAGCAGCGAACAAGUUGAAGUAGAAAUGGAAUAUCACAGAGCUAUGUACCACUUGCACUUGAAGGCUAAUCCCCGUGAAGUAGUGGUGGGUUGGUAUGCUACUUCCUCAGAUUUAGAUGCAUUCAGUGCUUUGAUUCAAAAUCUUUAUGCCUCUCCUCCUGAGCAAGGUUCUCCUGCUUUGGGCACUUACCCUCAUCCCUGUAUCCAUUUGACUGUUGAUACCGAUGUGAGCACUCCUUUAAGCAUUCAAACUUACCUCUCCUCUCCUGUUGGAAUCACCGAAAAACUUGCCGACAGUUGUGCUUUUGUUCCUACUCCUUAUAGCAUUCGGGACAACGAAGCUAUUCGCUCUGGUUUGAAGGCUGUCGCUGCUCCCAAGAACGAUCCUUCCCGUAUCGCUGGUUUAUUUACUGAUCUUCAACAAUUAAAGCGUUCCACUUUGGAAGUUCUCUCAAUGAUUGAACGUGUUUCAGACUAUGUUCAAAAUGUCAUUGAUGGUUCUUCUCCUGCCAACGUUGCUGUCGGUAGAUACUUGGUGAGAUGUCUCAGUCUCGUCCCUAGCAUCGAGGGACAAGAAUUUGAGAAAAUCUUUUCUUCUCACUUGCAAGACGUCUUGGUUGUUGUUUACCUUGCAAAUACCCUCCGUACCCAGAUUGAUGUUGCCUCACGUUUAAAUGUGCUUCCUUAA